AUGGAUGAGAGCUCCUCUGUUGAAGGCAGAAUUAAGAGCCCAACACUGUCGCAGUCCUCCAAACGGACGCAAACAUCUGCAGAACUGAAAGCUUCGAUGAGGUCAAAGCUUCGGAAGCAGGCUGAGCAAACUGUGGAACGAAAACGUGGUUCAGUACAUUUAGCUAAGCGACUUCAAAGACGGUUGACCAUUCAUCAGGAGGAAGGACCAACAGAAGGGGAAUUACAGUCUGUUGAUGAACAAAUUGAGAAAUCAUUGAAAACAUUUGUGGACGAGAUUCGUGGUAGCGAUUAUGUCCAGUUGGAUAUAUUCUUGGGCACUGUUUCCUUUGAACAGCAUCCGCUAUGUGGAGAAGAGGACAAGAUAGCUGUGCGGUUGAGCGCGCUUUAUGACGAACAGUUGAAGCGUAUGAAUGAGAUGACGGACACACUUGUAAACAUUGAAAAU